AUGGGAGAUCAGGCCAACAAACAGAUCAUAUUGAAGAACUAUGUUAAUGGGUUCCCCACAGAAUCGGACAUGAAAGUCAGGAAUGUUGCUAUCGAAUUGAAGCUUCCAGAAGGUUCGACAGGGGUUCUGGUGAAGAAUCUCUACCUCUCAUGCGAUCCUUAUAUGCGAAAUCGCAUGUCCGAUGUCAAAGGAAGCUAUGUCCCCUCCUUCACCCCUGGCUCUGUCAUUACUGGAUAUGGCGUGGCCACAGUUAUAGAUUCGGGUCGGGCUGACCUGAGGAAGGACGACCUGGUCUGGGGAGUCACCGGAUGGGAAGAGUACAGUCUCAUUGCUGCAGCCGAGACACUAACCAAGAUUCAACACACCGAAGACAUCCCUCUAUCUUACUAUACGGGAAUCCUUGCAUUGCCUGGUUUGACUGCUUAUGUUGGUUUUUAUAAUAUAUGCUCCCCAAAGAAGGGGGACACCGUCUUCAUAUCCGCAGCGUCUGGAGCCGUCGGGCAGCUCGUCGGCCAAUACGCCAAGUCGUUUGGCUGUUACGUCGUCGGAAGUGCAGGCUCGGAUGAAAAGGUGAAUCUCUUGAAGAACAAGUUCGGAUUUGAUGAUGGUUUUAACUAUAAAGAAGAACAUGAUCUUGAUGCAGCUUUGAAGAGAUACUUUCCUAAUGGUAUUGACAUUUACUUUGAGCAAGUGGGAGGGAAAAUGCUUGACGCUGUCCUGACGAAUAUGAGACUCAACGGUCGAAUCGCGGUGUGUGGAAUGAUCUCACAAUACAAUCUCGAAGAGUCGGAGGGUGUGCACAACCUUCUCAAGCUUGUCCACAAACGAAUCGAGAUGCGGGGGUUUCUAGUGUUUGACUACUACCAUAUGUAUCCGAAGUAUUUGGAGACAAUUCUUUCACAAUUAAGAGAUGGAUCAAUUGUUUACGUGGAAGAUAUAGAGGAAGGUCUAGAGAAUGCGCCAAAAGCCCUUAUUGGCCUCUUUCAUAGUCGUAAUGUUGGAAAACAAGUAGUUGUUGUAGCUCGAGAAUAG